AAACCGAACAAAAAGGAAAAGUCUCAUUUAGGGCUAAGCAGAUAACAGGCACUUAGUCUCCACGCUUUGAUGGCUACCCACUGCACAACUUUUCUAACUCAUUUGUGGGUAUAAAUGUAAGUAUUUAGAAGGCAGUUUGAUACCGUAUCAAUGUAGCAAAACAACAGGUUCCUCCCGGGGCCUUCCUAACCACGGGCUUUUUGACCAGGUUUACAGUAACACCUUACUAAAUUCUCUUGAUUUUUGAGACAGGUUCUCAUUAAGUUACCUAGGCUGGCCAUGAACACACUCAUUGGUCUAGGCAAGUGUCGAACUUCACACCUUCCCACCCCACCAGGCCCAGAAGAGUCUUUUCUCUGGAAUGUUUUUGAGGAAUUUGGUUUUGUAGACAGUCUUUUAUGUUGGUAUGUUCAUGCUGGCCUGAACUUUGUGCCAAGCCUGAAGACUUGGUCACUCCCUGGAACCCACGCAGAAAGGCCAGGUAUGUGGUGUGUGUCUGUAGUCCCAGACAUCUUGCUGCCAAGAUGAAAGACAAGAGAAUUAUUGGCCUGGAGUACACAAGAUGGUGGGAACCAGAGAGACCCUUCCUGAGAAGUAAGGUGGAAAGAGUCCUGACUCCUGAGAGAUGUCCUCUGGCCACCACAUGCAUGCCGUGCUGUGCUCACACCCUGACUUAAACACACCACAUACACAUUCAACAGUAGUUGACGUGAUAACAAAACUGUCCAACCAUAUAGUCCCAGCCGGCACUGGGAGGUGGAAGCAGAAGCAUUCAAGACCAGUCUGAGCUACCUGAGACCACGUCUCAAAGCAAGGAGGGGGAAAGUCACUGGAAGCUGGAAGUGGCCUGAUGUGCUUGUCAUCCCAGCGUGUGGCAGCCUCAGGCAGGAGCACAGAUUUCCAUCACUUGGGAUGUUUGCCUGCUGGAAGGUGAAGGAGAUCACGGACAGAGAGUGAGUAGCUACUAAAGGGCGCGUGCAGCAUGGCUGUAGCUGGGCUCCGACUGCUCACUGGUGCUCUGAGAAAGCCGGACGCCUGGCUCGGACUCUGGGGUGUGCUUCAAGGAACCUCUCCACACAAACUCUGUGCUUCCUGGAAUCGAUACUUAUAUUUUUCUAGUUCCAAGUUAAACGCAUCAAAUUAUAAAACACUUUUCCGUAGCAUUGUCCCUCUGCGACUCCCAGAGCUGUUAGUAGCUCCAAAAUGUACUUUUCCAUUUUCCAUACGACUCAAAAGCAAUAUAAGCUCCAAAAAAUCCACUAGAAAGACUCUGCAGAAAGAUGCAGAAGAGGACUCGGAUGAGGAGAACUAUCACCCCGAGAGCAGUGAGCAGGAAGAGGAGCGCGAGGAUGACCCUGGCGUAGUCAAGGACCACAAAGACCUGGAGAAGGUGGUCCAGUCUUUCCGGUACGAUGUCAUCCUGAAGACAGGCCUUGAUAUUGGGAGAAACAAAGUAGAAGAUGCAUUCUACAAAGGUGAACUCAGACUGAAUGGAGAAAAAUUAUGGAAGAAGAGCAGAACGGUGAAGGUGGGAGACACAUUGGAUCUCCUCAUCGGAGAGAACAAAGAGACAGGGACAGAAGUGGUGAUGCGGAUUCUCCUGAAAGCCGUCUAUGAUGAGAAGACGGAAAGCGACAAGUAUCGAGUGCUAUUGCGACGGUGGAAGAGCUUAAAGCUGCCAAAGAAGACUACGUCUAAGUGACCGCGAGGUCUCCCCACGGCUGCUUCCUGCUGUCAGAGGGGCCGGUGCAAAGGGCGUUUGUACUGAAAUAAAGUUCUGUCGUUUGUGGGA